AUGGAUUCGGAUGCUGCAAAGCCCGUGUCAGCACUGCCUACACAUAUGGGAAAUGGUCGGCUGCCUGUACGAGUGUCGCAGGAGGUGCGUGACCAGAAAGAGCGCGAGAAUCUCUUCAACGCCAUUGAGACGUCCAACCGAGGCCGCCAGAUUGUCAACUUUGACGGACCCAAUGGCUAUGGCGCCUUGCCCGCACAUGCAAAGGCCUCCUCCGCGGCGAGGGCGGCGAGAGUAGCAAGGACCAACGGCGGUGGCGGCAACAGCAGCAGUAACCACAACAACGACGACGAGGACGACGACGAUGCCGCUGACGAUGACAACGGCGGCCGCCAUGGCGAUACGGACGUCGAGGGCUGCAGCGAGGACGCGGUUGCGCAGACGCCGCUGGCCACCAGCCGCGCCCACAGUCCGUACACGCAACAUCCCACGCUCGACUUUGAUGGCCUCAGCUGGCCGAGCAAAGGCACGCGCGGACGCAAAGACGCAACCGAGGAGGAAAAGGCGGCGAAUCUGAAGAAGCUGUCGGGAGCGGUGCGCACCAUGCUCGAGUGCCUGGGAGAGGAUCCCGACCGCGAGGGCUUGCUCGACACGCCUGAGCGAUAUGCAAAGGCCAUGCUCUUCUUCACCAAGGGCUACGAGGAGAACCUGCGCGACAUUGUCAACGGCGCCGUCUUCCACGAGGACCAUGACGAGCUUGUGAUUGUCAAGGACAUUGAGAUCUUCUCGCUCUGCGAGCACCACCUGGUCCCCUUUACGGGCAAGGCAUGGCUACCCCCCCCUUCGAUUCCCAUGCCCCCAUGCCCCCAUGCCCCCAUGUCUCAUUCUCCCAUGCCCCCAUGUCUCAUUCUCCCAUGCCCCCAUGCCCCCAUGUCUCAUUCUCCCAUGCCCCAUGCCCACUCCCAGCCGCCGACGGAAGUCAUUGGCCUCUCCAAGCUCGCGCGCAUCGCGGAAAUGUUUGCCCGGCGCCUCCAGGUGCAGGAGCGGCUGACCAAACAGGUCGCGCUUGCCUUGUCCGAGAUGCUGCAACCGCAAGGCGUUGCAGUCGUCGUCGAGUCUAGCCACUUUUGCAUGUUGCAUGCUCGGCCGCAUGCGCUCCACCGCGAAGACGAGGGAGGAAUUUCUAAGCCUCAUCAAUCGGCGAUAGCGGCUGCUCCCGACAUUCCGUCCCCCGGCAUGCCCGGGCAGGAGACGACGACGAUUGGAGCCUGGACAGCCCGCCUUCUUUGUGUUAUUGCUACACUCCAUCAUUCUUCUCGCUGCUUCAACCUACCCCAAGAUUUCCACCCUGAUUCACAUGCGCCCUCGAGGAGGCGUGGUACGGCCUCUCAACAGCGCCGGCCUUCAACGGCGGUUCGGACUCCGUUUGAGAUCCACACGGACAUGGAAGAAAUCUUCAUCACUCUCUUCUCUCCCCUUAUCAAAGUCUUUCCCUCCAAGAUGGCAGCCACACAACACACCUUUUCGCCAUGUUGUCUCAAAAGCUUUGCUUGGAGUGGCACGCCCGCCGGCCAUGAAUCUACUCUCGCGGAGAACUCCACCUACAUCACCGGCUCCAGCACCGAUGCCGCAAUCCUCUUCAUCCACGAUGCUCUUGGCUGGCGGUUCAAGAAUGCCAGACUACUUGCUGACCAUAUUGCAAAAGAAGUGAUACUCCCCCAAACUCUCACUUCUACUUUCUUCCUCCCUGGGCUCUUCAUCCAGACCAUUGCAUUUUCUGCAGCAUUGACAUGA